ACUUCUAUACCCCUUCCAGUUAUUGCUACUGUUACUUCUCUUGAUGCCACGCUUGCAGCCUCAAAAAAAGUGAGUACUAUAACUCCGUUGUCUAAAAUGAUCUACAUCGUUGACUGCUGUGAUAUGAAGCCUCUUCAUCGUAUCCCACAGAUAUCUCCCUCGACGUUCCGCGCUCACCUUCCACCUCCAAAGCCGCGUUCGGAUGAGAUUGAGCACGAGCCACUAAUGAGUUCCAUUGAAAGCUUCGAUUCUCCUAAAAGAACACUGGGGAAGAGGCGCAUUCGCAAUAUCAUCGAAAGUCCUACGAGUGAGAGUAACGAGACGAGAUCCAACCGUGCUGCUGGGAUAUCCGACUUCGGCUUACGGAUACGAGGGCAAGAGCUUUAUCACCAGCACGAGAAACGCCAAAAAGAGAGCUUACGGGAGCGACAUCAAACGCAGAAGAAGGACCUAUUUGAGGUCGUUCGUGCUGGCGCUGAUCCGAAAGGCAAAGCUAAGGCCAAGGGACGGGCUAUGGAUGGAGGCAAUGCACCCGAAGCGAAAGUUUCGCAUGUGGGUAUGAACAGCACGACGGUGACAUCACGCACAGAGGAUACCGACGACAGUAGAAACCCACCAAAUUUAGAAAAUCUCCGGGUGCUAUUAAGAGAAGAAGAGGAAGAAAGCACACAAGACGUCUUAGGAAUACCGCUUCACGUUAACGGACGCAACGUUUUUCCAGAAGAAGAGGGGGAAAACACGCGAGAUCUGCAACUUGAAAUGCAAGGCCCCUUGUUGGGAACGGAAGCAAAUGAGCGUGGCGCUGUAGCAGAAGAAGAAGAAGAAAAUUCGCGGGAUCUUCAGCUCGAGAUGCAACGUUCCCU